GCGCCCCCGCCCCUCCCGCGCGCUCGGAGCGGCUCUUCCGGUUCCGGGGCAGGCGGCGGCGGGUCGGUCGGUGGGCAGGAUGGUGCUGCUGGAGAGCGAGCAGUUCUUGACAGAACUAACAAGGCUUUUUCAAAAAUGCAGAACCUCAGGGAGUGUUUACAUAACACUGAAAAAAUAUGAUGGUCGAACAAAACCCAUUCCACGUAAAGGCCAUGUGGAAGGUUUUGAGCCAGCGGACAAUAAAUGUCUUCUGAGAGCAACGGAUGGGAAGAAAAAAAUUAGCACAGUGGUAAGCUCAAAGGAAGUAAACAAAUUCCAGAUGGCCUAUUCCAACCUGUUGAGAGCUAACAUGGAUGGCCUGAAGAAGAAAGACAAGAAAAGCAAAAAUAAGAAAAGUAAAGCAACCCAGUGAUGGAACAUAACGUCUUUCCAUUACUGCAAGACUUGCAUUCUAGCCUUCAAAGUCCAUUUUUUCCUAAGUCAACACUUCCUUUUGGUGGUAGAAUAUUGAGAUGUGAACAAUACCUUCACUUAAAUAAAAUGAAAAUAAAAGGUAGUUUCUGUAGAUUGUUAUUUGGCAGGAAUAUUCACAAGAUUAGACUGAAACCUUUUCACUCUCAGCUGCCAUGUUUUGUUACACAGGAUAGUCUGUAAACUGUAGAACUUCAUGUUACAAUUGCGAUGACUGUUUGAGUAAAAGUCUCAUUCUUAUGAAUGUGUUCAGGGAUUUGGUGCUUCUUACUUUGAAUGCUACCACUUUAUAUUGCUACCACUCUGAAAAUUGUAAAUAUAGUAUCUCAAUGCUUUGUUGUGAAACGGUAAUAUUUGCUUGUUCCUGUUAAACAAUCAGAAGUGCAUUU